AUUUGUAACCUAACGUAUUUUAAGAUAUCCAACACAAAUAUUUCAAGAAAUUCUCAUUGUUGAAGUUUAAAAAGGCUCAAAUCAGUACAAAAGACAGCUGCGUAAACAUCACGUGGUGUCAGCAGCUGAUAAUGAGCGUGUAAGGUUAUGAGUUAUUUUUUGGUUCAAACCUUAUCAGUUUAGUUAUUAAUAUUGCAACAUUAUUAUUAAAAGGAUUGAUCCGCUACAUUUUAAAAAAUGCCUAAGAGAAAAAGUAAAAAGCCACCAUCCAAAGUUACAAUUGAAACGAGUGAUUCCUCCUUACAAAUCGAAUUAAUAUGUGAUGAAAUAUCUAAUAACCCUGUGUUUAAAAACAUUUUCAAAAUCGGAGAAGAAUUACUUACUACAUUGAUUAAUUAUGAAAGAAAUAUACUGUCUUUAAAGAAAGAAGAUGUUGAUUUGUUGAAAAUAAAUUUAGAACAGGUUAUACCGCAUUUACAAAAGAUCCAAAAUUGUAUAAAUUUUAUGGACAUAAAAGAGGAUAUAGGUGAAUUACCAUUUUCACUUCUUUGGAGCACGAGUCUUGUGGCAGUACAUAUUUGCGAUGUUAAUAAACCAUUCCACCUCUUUUUAAAGAAAGAGUAUAACGAGUUUGUGAAAUUAAGACUGUAUCCGGCACAUAUUUUAGAUGUCGUCCAUGGAAUUGAAGGUUAUAAUACAUUUUCUGUUCGUUUAAGAGAAGAUAAUAUAAUAGAAUGCAUGGUUUGCAAUUAUUUUGUAUCUCAAACAAAAGUUGGGGCUUUGUUUGACCACAUUUGUAGUUUAUUUCAUAUGGAACAACUACAAUUGCACUGUGAUAACUUAUCUAAAUAUCAUGACUUUUGGAUUCAACAACAUUCAUCAAAACAAGAUAUUCAAUUAUUGUUUUCUUAUAUCAAUGAGAAAAAUAUGAAAUGUAAACAAUGUGAGAAAUGGAUAAAGUAUGAUGAUGUGCUUUUACAUCCAAAUCCAUGUAAUCAACCAAAGGUUAAGAGAAGUCAAAACAUUGCAAAACCAAUCAAUGAAGUUGGAUAUGCUCAUAGAGUAAAAACAAGUAUUUUUUUUGAUGUACCUUAUUUGAAUAUAGAUGGGAUUAAUUAUCCAGUUAUGCAACGUAUUCAGUCAGAUAAAAACAAAUGUGUGUGUAUGAUUUGUUCUAGCAUGGUUAGUGAAGACUUUUGGGGUCAUUGCGAAAGUGAUAUGCAUCUAUUUUAUCAAAGUUCUUAUAUACUGACAGAAACAAUAAAAAAAUACCACCAAAUUUUUAGUUCUUUCGAGGUUUCUAAACAAGUCCAAGUGGUUUAUUAUCAUUUUCGUGAAAAUAGUAUCUUAUGUUUAUUAUGUAAACAUCUUGUAAACCUUGAUCCAGCAGAAAUUAUAACACAUAUGAAAAAUAUUGACCAUUGCAAUAAUCUGAAAUCAGUAAAACCUAACGAUUUAAUUGAUUUAAUUGGAAAAUCAUUGGAAUAUUGUGAAGAUAACAGUAGCAAUGUUAACAUUCCAAGUGUAAUAGUGGAAGAAACCAACUACCCAAUAAUCCAAGUUUGUCAUGAUUCCACUUUAUAUUGUCUCACAUGCCAUGUCACACUUAGAAGAACCAUUAUGGAACAUUUAAUUCAACCUGAACAUUUUAAAUCAGCAACAAACAAAUUUAAUAUAUCCACCUUAGCUUUAUACCACGACAUUUUUAAAACUUUACCUGAUCGAUUUCAAAAUGACAAAAUAUUCUUUAGGAAACGAGCUACUGAUAUACGUUGUGUUCUGUGUAGUGGAUGUGUUACUUUUGAUGGUCCCGCUUUAUUACAUCAUAUUAAAACGCGACAUUUAAAAGGAGACAAAUUUCAACAUGUUCGGGUACCUCCUACAACUCUGAAGGUUGAUGAUAUAUCUGGAGGUGAUAUGAUGGACAUUAAGAAACAUGAAGGAUGUUCUUCUAAAUCAUCCACGCCAACACCUCAAUUUGUGCCACCAGAAGGGAUGGUUAAUUUGAAAGGUUAUCUCUCUCAUAGUUUAAAAACUGAUAAAGUUGAUUUAAAAUCUGCCUCAGAUUUAAAGUUCGGAGGAUCCAGAAAUAAAGGUUAUGAUCCUAACACAAUUAAAGAAUUAUUUGAAGAUGUUCCCCACACUUACAUAAAUGGUGCGUUUUAUCCGGUUUUUCAAAAACUUGCAAGAACUGUUCAUUGUUUAUUCUGUGUGGAAACACUACAACAUUCAUUGGAUAACCAUCUGAAUUUAAUAGAACAUAAAAAUAAACUGAGUUCAUCUCAAGAUGCGCUAUGUGUACAAAAUUACCAUGAAAUCUUUUGUUCAUUACCUUGCGAAUUACAAACGCAACAGAUUCAUUUUAAAAGAUGUGGAAAAUUUUUAGAGUGUCGGUUAUGCCAACAUGCUUCGCCAUACUGUGUACAAGCCGUAUAUCAGCAUAUAUCAACAAAGAGGCAUAAAAAGAUGUGUGAUGAAACUACAAAAAUGUUAAAGGUUAUUUAUAUAUGGAAAUUUGUAAGGAAUUAUGUUUAUAAAGAUUCUAACUUGGAUACAUUAAUCUUUCUAAUGGAUAAAAAGAUUAAAGGAAAUGUACACAACAUUUUAGAAAUUAUUUUUCAAGCAGAUCGCAUAAAUCUUCCAUGUGCAUAUAUUAACCAAAAAUUUUACCCAGUAUUCCAAAUAAUUAACGGAAAUCUCCAUUGUUUAAUUUGUAACGAAGAUCUUUUAGAAAAUCCAUUUGAACAUGUUACGAAUGAUAUUACGCAUUUAGGGAGGGAAUCCAUGUAUCUUAAACGGAUUAUUAAAUAUUAUAACAUUUGGAAUUCACUGCCGGAAAACGUCCAAAUACAACAAUCGUUAUUUCGAAUGAAAAAGAAGCAUUUUAAGUGUUUGUUGUGUACGUUAAGUCUUCCGUAUGAAGUGGUUUUAAUUUGGGAACAUUUUAAUUCAGAAGAACACGAACAAAACAUUUAUCAAUUCGUUUUAGAUCAAAUAAAUAAUCAAUCGGAAUUGAUUGUGGCUAAUAAUUUAGGUUACUAUAUUGAUACAAAUUUAAAUUUGGAUUCAAUGUUAUAUUUGGCAGAUAUUGAGAUAAAUAAAACUAAGGAACAUGAUUUAGUCUCAAAACAAUUAAAUGAAAACGAUUCAAAAAGAAAUGAAUCAGUUGUGAAAGAUACAGCAGCUGACCAUUUUCCUCUCCAAUCGGUUGUUUUUGGUGAAAAUAUUUAUGGAACUUGGAAAACUGCUCAGUACAAUAAAUUAAAAGAAUUAGAUAAUUUAAAAAGGAUCGAAUGUUUGGCUAAAAAUAUAGCAGCCGACCACUUUCCUCUUCAAUCAACUGGUAAUUAUGAAAACAUUUAUGGAACAUAUAAAACUGCACAAUAUAAAGCAAUAAAAGAUAUUGAAGAUUUAAAAAAAAGGAAAUUGUUGGUUAAAAAUAUUGCAGCCGACUACUUUCCUCUUCAAUCAAUUGAUCCUUAUGAAAACAUUUAUGGAACAUAUAAAACAGCUCAAUAUAAAGCAAUAAAAGAUAUUGAAGAUUUAAAAAAAAGGAAAUUGUUGGUUAAAAAUAUUGCAGCCGACCACUUUCCUCAUCAAUCAAUUGGUCCUUAUGAAAACAUUUAUGGAACAUAUAAAACAGCUCAAUAUAAAGUAAUAAAAGAUAUUGAAGAUUUAAAAAAAAGGAAAUUGUUGGUUAAAAAUAUAGCAGCUGAUAACAUUCCAACUCAUUCAUUUGAUCACUGGGAAAAUCUGUAUGGAAUCUAUACAACCAACCGUUCACCUAAACGUUUUGAAAUAAAUCGGAUUACUAAAUCGUUAUCUUUACUUAAAAAUUAUAAGUCAGAUGUUGCCGUUAAUGUAAAUACAACAAUGGAUCAAAAUCAAACACAUAAUUCCAAAAAUUCUAAACAACAUGAAGUUUAUCAAAAAGCAUCAAUUGAAUUUCCCCCUUACGAUGUUUCAAUAUUAAACUCAAUAUAUAAAAAUGGGUUGAUACAUUAUAAUAUAAAAAUAGAUAACAUCAAAUAUCCAGUUAUACAGAAUUUAGGUUUAUACAAGCAUUGUAUAAUAUGCGAAAAAAGUAUAACAAGCGAAAUUUUUCAUUGCAACUCUGAUGAACACAUAAAAAACUCAACAAUUCAAGUGAAAAAACUUUUAUUAAAAGAUUUCCAUCAAGUAUUUGCAUUAUUACCAAAGCAUUACCAAGAACAACAGAAGUAUUUUCGAAAAGAGGAGCAAUUAAAGUGUAUAUUGUGUAAUGUUAGCAUCAAAUAUGAUUUUGGUCUUAUAUUGAGUCACAUUCAAGAAAAAGAUCAUAUGAUGAAACAGGAAAAAUUUGAAAGAAGCCCCAACACCAGUCGAGGAAAUUCACCGUUUGUGAAUGAGAGUCUUCCUGAUGACACCAAAUCACCAAAUAAAGAGAACAAACAGAUUAUUGAAUCAAUUGCAAAAUCAAAUCUAACAUCUAAUUCUAAUAUUAAUAAACCAACCAUAAAUGGAACAUCAAAAGAAACUUUAAAAUAUAGUUUACCAGCUAUGAUUAAACUGUUUCAAAAUCUUGAAGAAUACACCAUUAAAAUAAACAAUAAUGAAUUCUUUCUUUUACGAAAUAGUACGUUUGGAAUUCGUUGUUUGUUAUGUAUUGAUGGCCCCGCUUUUAAUCCAGCUGAUCAUGUAAAGACCAGCAAUCAUAUAAAGCAUACAACCAAUCAGGUUGCUUUAAAAAAUUUUGAAAAAUUGCAUCAUCUUUGGAUGACGAGCAAGGACAAUCAGCAGGAACAAUUGUUCUAUAUUGUGCAAAGACAUUGUCAUUUAUGUCAAGUUACUCUUAAACAUGAUUACAUAUUAAAACAUAUUGAAACGAAAGGACAUUUGGAUAAAGUUGAUCAACACAACCGUCUUACCGCGUCAACAGAAUUAUUAAAAAUGGAAACAAAGACUGAAGAUGAGAAAAAUGGUAUAAUUGAAAAUCAAAAGAUUGUUGAUAAAAAUUCCGCAAUAACAGAAAUCAUGUCUAAUUAUACAGAAAAUAUUUCCUCAGCUCAGGAAUCACAGGAUGUUGUUCAAAAUGGUAUUGAGCAUGAUGAAGAUACUAAAAGUGAAGAUAUUGCAAGUACUGAUAACCUACAAGUAAAUUACGCUUCAUGGGUAAAAGCAACCAUUUAUUAUGGAUUAGCUAAAUAUACAGUAUCAGUAAAUGGAAAUCUGUUUCCGUAUUUAAGACGUACAUUCCAAGGUUUAAGAUGCAUACUUUGUCAAGAUGAAGAAGUGAAUUCAAUUUCUGAUCAUUUAAAAACUUCACACCACACACAACAAUUAGAUAAUCCGAAAGCUUGGCUAUGCGUACAAGAUUUUCACGAUUAUUGGUCAAGAAAAACCGACCCGAUAAGUCAAAAUCAACAGAUUUACGUCAUCAACGGAAAGUGCGUUUUAUGUAGACACUACAAUCAUACAACGAACAUAAACGAACAUCUACCAUCAAAAGAACAUCGAAUUACCGAGGAUGGUGUUGAUUGCGACGAACUAAUAGAUGUGAUGGGGCUAAGAGAUAAAUUCCGUUAUUGCGAUCAAGUUGAGAAAACUUUAUACAAAGAUUUAGAUCAGUAUUUUACAUACCACGGUUUGAUAAAAUUACCACUUUUGAGAUUAACUAAAGAAGGUGUUAGGUGUAUUUUAUGUGAUGAUACGGGAGUAACCUCACCAGCCCAACAUGUUAAAACACCAGCUCAUCAGCAGGCUCUUUACAAUUACGAUAAACGCGAGAAAUUAUGGAAUUUCCAUAAAAUGUGGCAAAAAAUGGAACCAGCGGCUCAAGCGCAUCAACAACACGUUAUUUUAAUGAUGUGUCUCGCUUGUGAUAGAAAAAUAAGUCUUGAAACUGGGGAAGCUCAUGUUUUAUCAAAAGCACACCAAGGAAAUAUUAAAAUGAAAGAAAAAAAUCAAGCUAAACCAAAACGAGUAGUUACCCACGAUAUAAAACCAUCAAUACCAUCUCCGGAUCUUCACAAUUUAAUGAGCCAAAUUCCGUGGUAUUUCACACCCCACUUUAAAUUUUUAAAACCUCAACCGAAUAAUAAAAACGAAAUAACAUGUACUGCGUGUAAAAAACUCUUUACAAACGCCAUGCAAAUAAGAACUCACUUAGACACCAAAGAUCACUGCAUCGCAUCAAAACUAGAUCAAAUUAAAAAUCAAUUUCUUUGUGAAAUUUGCAUGAGAAAGGCGAAAAAUGAAAAAGAAUGGCUGGAACAUUUACAGUCGGGAAAUCACACGACUUGUGUUCAAGGUCUCGGUACUAAUCGCAAAUCAACCAUGAAAGAAAACACUUGCGUCACGUGUAAUAUGGUGAUUUUUGGCGAUACCGUUUCAGUGAUGCGACAUAAUAAAAGUAAAAAUAAUAAGGGAGGUGUUGAAACUACGUUAACCAAAGGAAUGAAAAGAUUACUUUCAAGUAAGAAAGCGAUUUUAAGCGAAGCUAUGAAUCUUGUUAAAAUCGUCGAUCAUGAUAUUGAUAAAAGUAAAGCUGAUGUUAAUGAAUGUUGCAAAGCUCUUGAGAAAACGUUAUCUGCGUAUUAUUCAAUGUGUCGAGUUUAUCCGUUUGGAUCAAGAGUUACUGGACUUGGAAACAGAGAAAGUGAUCUUGAUGUUUUUAUUGAUAUUGGCGGUAUUUAUGACGGUUCACGUUUCCAAUCAGCCGAUGAACAAGCAAAUAUUGUCCUCAAAGUGGGCGAUUUAUUAAAAAAGAACAAAAAACAGUUUACUAAUAUUGUUACUGUACCUGGAGCAAGAACCCCAAUAGUUAGAGUGUUUCAUAUUCAAACAGGAAUUGAUUGUGACAUUUCAUUCAGACAUGGUUUAUCGGUAGAAAAUACAGAGUUUAUUAGAUUUUGUAUCGAGUUACAACCAAUAUUAAGACCAACAUUGUUGUUUUUAAAAUUAUGGCUUUCAAAUACAGAUCUUCCAUAUGGUACUCCAACAUCUUACGCUUUCACAAUGCUAGUAAUAUUCUUUAUGCAACAACAAAAUUAUUUACUAUCUGUAGAUGAAUUACGAUUUCGUAACAGAAAGGGAAAAGUAAAAAUCGACGGCUGGGAAGUUGUUGAAUAUACAACAAGCAUCGCGGAAAUGAAGAAGUAUGUCAGAGAAUGCACUGUCCCUCUACCGGAAUUAUUAAAACAGUUCUUUGGUUAUUAUGAAAAUUUUAAUUUCGGCAGUUUAGUUGUUUGCCCUUUGUUAGGACAUAUGAUUGAUAAAUCCCAUUUUGUACCGCAACAACCUGAUUUACCACCACAAAUGAACACCUAUGUACGAAAAUUAAACGAGCCUAAUGGGGAAGUUUUAAAACAUCAUACCCCAAUGUGCGUUCAGGAUCCAUUUGAUUUAUCUCAUAAUGUUACUAAGGGAUGUUCAGGAAUAGCAGCGAAGAUGUUUCAGAAGUAUUGUAAGUUAUCGAAGUCUCAUAUUAGUGCCUUGCAGUAAAGAAACGAAAAAAAUUAAAAAAAAAACAAUAAAUAAGAAGAAGAAGAAAGUUAACAGAUUUAAGAAAAUGGUUAAAUCUAAAACGAGAUAAAUCAUAAUGUUACCUUUAAUUUUAGUUGUGUCAAUUUUGUAUUGUUGAAGUGAAUACAUUGUAUUUAAGCUGUGGGUGC